AUGUGUAUUUGUUGAUUUUGCAACGAUGAAAGUCUUUAAAGGGGUUCGUUGUGGCCGUAGCAGCUAUAAUUGGUCUCAUACAUAUUCCAAUAAUUUCUAAUUGUGACGAUAAUAUUGUUUAUGUAACACAACACGUAAUGUUGGUAGCCUUGUCACUGACAUAAUUGGAACCAAAUUGCUAAAAUCGUUAAAAUUUCAAAAGUAAGUGUAUAUGGGGACCGAAAUCGAUGUCUUUAUUAGCAAUUAUACUCUCGUCGACCCGGAAAUCUAUCAAUUGUGGGUGGAGGGUCAUACAGCGAGCGAAGCCGUCUCGAUUUUGAAUCAGAGGGGCUUAGGGCAGCUGACGGGUGCCCCUCUUGAACUAAUAGCCAGUGAUGUGUUGGACCACUAUCGCACCUACUCACUUCUGGAAAAACUCCUCAGUAACCCAAACAAACUCCAAGAACAGUUGGCGCUUCAGAUUGAGCCCCAGACACGAAAGCUACUCAUAGAGAAGUACUACGAUUUCGACGACAGCGUCGUUCGAGAGCUCAUUGGAAAAAAACUUUCCAGCAAACACAGAAAAGACUUGGAUGAAGUGUCUGAAAAGACAGGCGUUCCGUUAAAGUCGAACAAAGUGGCAGGUGUUGACAAUUUCGACACGGAACACGACAAAGACUUCUUUUCUGAGUUACGAGAGAUUAAAAUUUUGUUAGAGAAAGAGAAAGAGCACAAGCAUCUAGUGUGCGUGUUGUUGAGAGCCAAGCUUUUGCAGAAAUGCUACCUGGACUUGGAUGCCAAUUUUAAGAAUUAUAAUCGGGCGAUUUUGUUGCCUACGACAAAUAUGCACCGUCCUCGAGAUGUUAAAAAUAUGUUUGUCGAACUGACUUCGCUUUCGGAUAGUUUAAAACAGGCAAACUGGACUAUACCAGAGUUGGAAAUUUUUUUGAAUGCGUAUACACAGUGUGGCUGCGAAAUUGACAUUAUAAGAGACUCAGCGGCACUCAAAAUUUUGUGGGAAAAGUACAUGAAAGUGAUAACCAGGGCUAUGAAAGUCUCAGCUGAUUCCAUAAGAAAUACAUGAGCUUACGGAACGACAUAAAGAGGUCACUAGCGUCACUAAAGGUGCUCCGACCUUGAAGAACAUAGUUUCUUUUUCAUUUUCAGGUUUUCGGUGAACGUUUUGUCUGGUUUUGUCAACAAGAAAUGUCAUAUUAAUUACGGAAUCAUAGGGGAUGUUGGGUUAUGGGGUUAAAAACAAACGUAAAAUUUAUGUUAACAAAGUAAUAGAUACUUACGAUACAUGCAAAAAAUACUAGAAAAUUCCAGGCUAAAGAGGUCAACAAACUGCAUGUUAAACGAAAUAGUUUAAUUUUCGAUGUGUGCGUGUUUGAGCGGUCCAAGAUUAAUUUUUAAAUUUUAGUGUGUAAAAAAUUCUAACUAAUAAAAACUGAAACGAGGUAAUCAAGAGGAAAGUCUUUGCAGGGGUGGUGGAAUGGUAUUUUUGUAUGGUUCGUUUUUUAGCCGCAAACCAGUUAACGACUACAGUGCAUAAAUUGGGAAAAACUCAAAAUGUAUUACCCAUCGGAGUAUAAACUGCAAAAUGUUUAGGUGGUAUCAUUAAAUUGCCAAAAAUCACAUCUUCAUUGAAGACUUUAAAAUGUCACACAAUUAAAACAGGAUGUACCACUUCGUAAGAAUGUGCAAAGUUCACAACAAACUUCGCAGAAGUGGUGGUGUAAGAAUUUUCAUAUUAAUGAGUAUCCACAAACAUAUCAUAAACAGUUGUGUUCUUUCAAGGUGAGUUUCCGGUAACUCACAUCACUUAAUGAUUGUUGAAGAGGCUGGAAUACAGGGGAGAUGUGUUGUGGAAGUUUGUUUAAAAGAACACCUUAGCAAAUUUUUCAUUUCAAAUAAAAUAGUGUUUCACAGUUGGUUCUUGCACUCGUAUCGAAAUAAUCUGUAGUAAAUAGUUUCCGAAACACACUUUGGAAUUACAUUGGUGUGGGAUUUAUACAAUUCCCAAAUUGACGUCUCACAGAGCCAAACAAAUACAUAUGUCAAACAAUACUGAUUUAGUUGCAGCAACCUUUUAGUGAAAAUUGUAAAUAAAUUGUAUUCUGUGAAAACUAUUAAAAAUAAUAAGCAAAAUAUUUAUGUU